UAUUUUGUUCUAGGCGUUUCUUACUUUAUCCUCUCUGCUACAAUUUUUUUCCCUCUACAAUAUCCCUCCUCCCGUCUCCUCUCUAUCUCUCUCUGAGAUUGACCCGUAUUGUUAUCAUUAGCGUCGAUAAGUGCUAGUCCCAACUCCCCAAAGUGCUGCCAAGAAUGCAAGAACAACUCUCGUGUUGUUAAAAUUGGUUGUCUGUGGAGUUGGUUUGAGCUUCCAUCGCAUUUCUAGAAUUUACGAUGAGGGUUGUGAAGCAAGAUGGUAAGAUAAUUUCAUGGUCUUAACUGGACCGAGGCCCAUACUUGAAAUUAAACGAGUUCGUAGAAUCCAGAGAAUUUGGGGGAAAAAAAGCUAGGUGAUCUUCUUCUCCAAAACGCAAGGAUUUGGUGACUCCUGUUGCUCCAGUGCCCCAACUGCAUAAAGCAGAGAUUCUCUGUAGAAUUGAUGAAUUAGUGAUGAUGAUGAAGGAAUCAAACCAAAGAAGAGACAAAAAUAAUAGCGGUAGUGGUAGUAGUAAUAUGAGAUGCCCGCACUGUGCGGGUCCUCUUUCUAAGGAGAUGGAGACAAGCCAGUGGACGGUUCCCCCUCUAAUCCGUGAUAGCUUUUCUAUG